AUGACGCGUCUCCGAGGGGUGGCGUGCAGCUACGAAACUCUUCCAUGCUACCACAUCCUGAGCUUGCUCGCGCCCAACGAGGACGGCAUCGCCAUCUUCCACCCGACGCUCGUCGAACACGAAGUGUAUCGGGUGCUGCGCGCCAUGCAUGUCCUUCCCCACGCGAACUCGCACGAGGCGACAGCGACGUCGCAGGCAAACUUGGUUGGUCAGCACGUGAACGAAGGAGCGCUGGCACAAGCCAAGUCGAUGGAAGUGAUGGCGUAUUUUGGCAAGCAGGCGGCUGUCCAGCGCCAGUUGACGCUCGAUGGAUGGUGGGACAAGACUUUGUCCAAGCACAUUCAGAGCGACGAGGAAGGCGUGUACGCCAUGCUUCAAGGCGCGGGGGGUGGCGUGCGGGUCGUUCUGUUUGCGUGGCUCACGGACGAGUCGUUUGGGCCCAUGCUCUUGCGCGAACGCGCGACGUACGUGCUGCGAUUCUUGACGACGUUGACGUCGAACGUGGUGGGCUGUAUGACGGAGGCGGACGUGAGCCAGGCGAAGGACGCGUUGAGUGCCGGUGACGUAGGCAGCCUGAGCUCGGCGACGAAGAAGUAUUCGGUGUCGUUUUCCAUUCAAUCGGCACAGGUGGUGGACGAGAAGGUUGAGUGUCAUCCGCGUUAUGUGAACAAGUUGGGGGUGCCGUACCAAGGGGCCGCGCUCGUCCCCAGCCAAGGGGGAGUGUACAUGGUGACGGUGGCGACGGAUGCGAGUGUGACGACGAAACAACGACAUGACCGAUUCCAAAACCCCGACGCAUUUGGCUCGUGGUUGCUGAGCUGUCUGCAGUCGCAUGUCGUGUCGUUUGAGCGCCCCAUACCCCGUCCAUGGAUGGCGUGUGCGCUGAAACAAAGUGGCCGCUUGCCUGUCCAAGAACUGGACGCUAUCACGCCCGAUUCGAUCUUGGAAGCAAUUGCCUUGGAAUCCGUGGCAUCUGUCCAGACGUUGCUGGAGGAAUUGCAGAAACGCUGUACUGACAAUGCCGCCAUUGUGUUCCAAGUGAAUCUCCAAAGUACCGCGCAACAAGUGGCUGCGAACGAUGCGCUGUCGAAGGACCUGAAGCUGCUGAAAGGUUGGUACUUGUCGCUUGGUCGGUAUCCUCAGCCGAAUUUGCUCAACUACGAAAACCGAGUCGACGACUAUGUCAACAUGGCAUUUGGAAACGUGCUGCAUCAAAGCCAGGGGAAAGCGCGCGGCGGCAUGCUAUCCACAAUGUUUAGCUACUAUUUUGCAUGGUCGCCACGCAUACGUUUCCCGUACGACGGGAACGAUGCGGACGUUUGGCGCGCGCUGGAAGAGGCGCGCAGUAUCGCCAUGACGCGGCAUCAAGAGUGGUGCCGCCUGCUGUAUACAGCGACGAACGACCGCGGCCUCAUUCAGUACCUCGUGGAGGGAUUCAAAGCCGAGAAGUUGAAGACGCGGACGAUUGCCGACGAAGUCAAGCGGUACAAGGGCGAGACCAUUCACGACGCGUUUACAACCAUGGUGGGGGCAUCGAAUUCACAGCGACCGAGUCGACUCGAGCUGACGGUGCGACACCAGAACAACGACACGAUUUCGUAUGUGGAGCAGUGUGUCCAAGAAAAGGCGGAGAUUGUGCGCGUGUUUGACAUUGCAGAGGGCGCUCCUCAGCCCAAAGGGACGAUGGCGCUGCCAGUCCACUCGAAAGUGGUGUUGGUUAGCCGUGUCGAAGACGUCACGGUGGUGGUGUACACGCAUCCCAACCACGACACGGUGGAAACCCAUGUGGUCGCGUACAAGAAGGCGGCGUUUGCGAAGCCGGUGCUCUGCCGCGUCUUCCCCAACGAAGCGCUGCUCUGCGACUUCGACCCGACCCACCGCAACUUGGUGGUGCUGCAUUGCGAGUCGAAGGUCGACGUGUACGCGUUCAACGAGUCGUACAAGGUGUUGGAGUCGGUGGCGGCGUUUGAUUUGGUCGUGCUGCGGCUGGCGAAACCAUUUCUUCGGUUGAUUGCAUUUGGCGGCGACAACAAUGGGGUGACGGUGGUGGACCACCGAGGGGCGCUCCAAUCGUACUUUUUUCGGUCGCGGCAACUUUCCAAGUUGGAAAAAGACGUAGUCGUACCGGGCAACACGAAGGUGGUCAAGGUGCAAGGGGGGAGCGUCCUGUUGCUUCUUUCCCAAGCUAGUGGAGUUGAUUUGGAGGAGGACAUGGUGGACGUGCGAGUGCGCACCAUCCUGACGGCGGACAAUACGAUGCUACCCGACACUGUUUUGAAGGUGCCGGCCGGCAUGACGUGGUCAGAGUGCUCGGUGGAGUGUGUGGGGAACGUGCUCACUUGUUUGGAUGGAUCCAUCGCCAAGGUACACAUGUGGGAGCUGGACAUUGUGACGGGCAAGACUGCAUGGCAAUUGCAUGGCUCGUCGUCGGCCCGUGGCGAAGACAACGCCCUGGAAGGCCAUCCGUUGUGGUCGCUCUUUCACUUGUUUGAGAAAUUUCCCGUCCAAAGUGUAGCGUCGGCGGCGUCGCCCGAGUGUCAGUUGGUGUCGGGGCAGUUGCAACUUCAUGUGGUGGGGCUCGCCAACCACCCCGCGAUCGCCAACUUGCUGGCGACAGUGAUGCAUAAAUUGCGCGGCCUGAACAAGGACUUAGCGCUGCUGGACCUGCCACGCGAUCUGCAGUGUCAUGGUACGAGCGCCGUGCCGUGGAACGGAAGCACCGUCGUUGUGUCCAAGUGGGUGCUGGAGCUGCUGGGCUUUGUGCCUGUCCAGAUAUGUCGGGCACGCGAUAACCAGCUCGUGAUACUGACGAAUGGCCAGGACGAGGCGAUGCAGCUGGCCACCGCCACGGAAGCCCACGAAGUGGCGAAAUCGAUUUGGUUUGGUCCUAUAUCGAGUGUUUUGCAGCGUUGGACGGGCCCGGUCGUCGUGCUGUCGUCGAUGGGCAAGCAGUCGACGGGGAAGAGCUACUACCUGAACCACUUGACGGGGAGCUCGUUUGCGAUCUCGGGGGCGCGGUGCACGGACGGCGUUUGGCUGACUGUCCGCUUGAUGGGCGACUGCUUGCUGGUGGUGCUCGACUUCGAAGGGCUCGGGUCAUUUGAGCGAUCGGCGCAGGAAGACACGUUUUUGUCGGUGCUGAAUGCGGCCGUGUCGCGGCUGACGGUAUUUCGCAUCGAGAUGCGGUUUGACAAGGAUAUCGACACGAUGUUUUCCAAGUUUCAGCAAGGCGUGUCGCUGCUCAAGGGCGACCCCCGUUUGUUUCGGGGCAAGCUCUACUUGAAUGCGAAAGACGUGAACCCGAAUGACCAAAAUACUGUCAUUUUCGAGUUUCAGUCGAAACUCGAAGCCAUUCUCAACGAGAACCGCGCCGACAAUUUCGUCACGACGAUGUAUGGAGGCAGCGUGGAGAUUACGUGCUGCCCGCCGUUGGGCAACGUGGGGUAUUACGAAGCAUUGCGGGAGGGGUUGGAGCUGCUGGUGAAGGCGCGCGAGGCGGUGGCGUACUCUAGCGGGUGGGACUUUUACGACUGUCUGACGAUGGCGCUGGCCAAGAUCAGUCUGUUGGACUGGACGUGCAUGGAGGACAAUUUGAAGGAACGGUUGGCCAUGGAAGUUCGUGGCCACGUCCGCAUGGGGCUGCGGUACGGGAAGCUCGCGCACUGCAAUUUGGUGGACGGCGAGCCGGCGGCGUAUGUGGACAAGUGGAUGACGCUCUGCUCAGACGCGGAAAUGCUCGACGCGUUGCCGCCCGACGACUGCAUGGAUUUUCAAGUCGACUUGAACGAGAAGGUCGAGGACGUCAUGGCCGAAUCGAAGCCCAUCUUCAUGCACUUUUUCAAGCUUUUCCUGGAAGGCGUGGACGAACCGCGAAGCCACGUAUCGGAGAAGCAAUUUGAUGCUGUGUGGACGUAUUUGCUGUGGCGCCGCGAACGCCGCGUGCGUCUAUGGGUGGCGAGCUUGCCGUCGGUCGGUCGCGAGGAAGUGGACGAUUUGGACGCGUGCGCGGUCAAGUUCAAGCAGUUGCUUCGACGAUGCCAGCACACAUGCACGGAGUGCAAACUCGGGUGCUUUGAAUGCUUUUUGCAUGACGCGAGUGUCCGCCACGACUGCGGAACCGACCACAAGUGUAAGGGGAAAUGCACGCACUGCGCCUCGCUAAACGAAGUGGUGGAAUGCUCGUAUGCGGCCGGGCACAGCGGCUAUUGCAAUUGUGGGAUGAAGGCUCAUACGUGCAAUGAGAGAUGCGUGUUGGCCGGCGCGUCCAACUGCGACCAAGUGUGCAGCCUCGAGGUUGGCCAUGCGCAGCCUCAUUCGUGCGGCGUGAAGCUGCACUGCUGUGGGGAGCCGUGUGCGGCGACAAACUGCCGCGGACAAUGCACUUUGCCGUUUGAGAUGGACCACGUUGUGCAUUCGUGUGGCACGAGCCGAUGCCAGCAGCGUUGUGUGAUGCCCGAUUGCGGCAACCUUUGCGCGGACCAAGACCACUUUCAUGCGGACAAUGCCAAGCACCUGUGUGGCCAAGCCCACCGCUGCACGUAUGACUGUGCCGACGACGGCAUUUGCGAGAUUAAAGUGCACUUGGAAAAGGUGACGGAAACGUUUGCCGGUCAGCGAAGUUCGUUCGAGUUCAGCCGGCAAGAAAUGAAUGGGACGAAGCGCAAGUGCAGCGAAAUGGUGGACGCGACGGCGACGGCCCACGAGAGCGGCCACGGAUGCAACAGCGCCGUCCACUACUGCGACGUUCGGUGCCCGUGCUGCCAGUACUUCUGCGAUAAAGCACACGGUCAUCAAGGGCUGCAUCGUACAAGUCACGGCAACAUGAAGGAUACGUACUUUGUGUCGGACUCGGAGGCCGUGGACGUUCAAGACCGCAAGUACACGGCUGGCGAGCAGGGCGUCGCUGAAAUGUGUCCGUUCUUUUGUUCCAAGAUGGGCCGCGGCCAUGUCCACUUCAUGCCGUGCAGACAUACUGCCGCCACAUGCGUGUACACUGCGACGGACGGUCGCCAGCACUGCAAUUUGAAGCUAAAGCCGCACCCGGAACGCCCCAUGGACGAAGUGCUCCAUGAGACGUACUGGCAAACGUUGGGGUGGGAGGACCCGGUCUCGAGUGUGGCGGAGAAGGCGGCGUUCAAGCUGUGCCCGUACAAGUGUGAUGCCCCAGACCACGCGGCCGAUUCGCCGUCGUAUUGUGUCUUGGAUGCGUGGCACCCGGUGAUGGACAAGCACGACGCACGCGGCCAGCAGCAUGGCCACACGGUUGUCCAAGGGCACUUGUUUGCAUGCAAGCACUUUUCGUCGCGCGGGCUGAGCCACCACGUUUUUGUGCUGGACGCGUCGGGGUCAAUGGCUGGCGCGCCUUGGAACGCGCUUACGGACGCGGUCCACGGGUACCUCCAAGAGCAAGUGCGGAAGAAGGGGCUCGACUGUGGCGACGUGGUGUCGAUUGUCACGUUUAGUUCGCAUGGCGUGAUUGUGUUUGAGGCGGCGGCCAUUGCAUCUGUCGUGAAUGUUUCGAUUCCCUUUCAAGGUAGGGGAACCGACUUUGACACGGGGUUGCGGUGCGCGAUUGAAGUGCUGUCGCGCAACCACCACAAUACAUUUGCGCCCGUCCUGCUCUUCUUUUCGGACGGAUAUCCCAACACGACGGACAGCGGGGUCUACUUAGCCGACCACGUUGCCCACACAUUUGAGCGCCAUGGCCUCAUGUCGUACUUGGUCGGGUUUGGAAGCAUGAACUUUGUCUGUCUGGAGAAGCUCGCGGUUCGCCUCAAGGGCGCGUUCCAUCAUGCGAUCUCUGACAUUGACCUGCUCGAGACGUUCAAGGCCAUUUCAGUGUCGGUGCACUUGAAGUCGGGACUGGUCGCCAAGGGAAACCAACUUUGA